AUGGUACUUCGACCAAAUGACCAUCCGAUAGUUCAUGCAACCAGAAAAUGUCCCAUCCACAUGAGAGACGAAAUAAAAGCAGAACUAGAUGGAAAGAUUUCCCAAAGAAUAAUCCGCAAAGUCGAUGAACCUACAGAUUGGGUUAACAGCAUUGUGUAUGUGCGCAAGAGCAACGGCAAACUCCGCCUAUUUAUGUCUCAGGAUGUUUGUCAACAAAGAAUGGACAUGAUCAUAGAAAAGUGCACUGGAGCUUUAGCGUUGAUCGAUGAAGUUAUCAUCCACAGAAAAACCAAAGAGGAAGACGAUCUCAACUUACGAAAGUUGAUGGAGACAGCACGAACUGCUGGUCUCACAUUUAACAGUAGCAAAUGUGCAAUCGACCAGGGACAACUUAAAUUCUUCGGUGCCAUCUUCGACAGGAAUGGGAUACAUCCAGAUCCUCAGAAAGCGGAGGAAAUAAAAUCACUCCGCAAAUUUUUCUUAUCUACGCCGAGGAAUUUUUCCGAAGAUAAAAUGAGAUUCUAUUUUGGUGAAUCUUUAUUCUUCUGUUCUUCAAAUAUUUACCAGCCUAUUUUUUUUAUGUUUCUUUCUUCUCCGUUUUUCUUUAUCACUUUUUUCUGUUUUGUUUUUGUUGUUUUUUUAUCGUGUAUAGAUUUGCAUUCUAUUCUUUUCCUCAUACAAAUUAUCUUUACUUUUUUUACCCUCUUAUGUUUCUUUUCCAUUCCUUUUUUCAUUAUCCAAAUCUAA